AUGUCGCUAUUCUGGUCAACCCCUCUAGACAUAGACAUCGUACUCGAAGAUGCCGACGAUCGCGCCAUGGUCGACGUCAAGAUGGACAAGAACCGCCGCGAAAAGGCUCCCCUAUAUCUAGACGGCGAGAGUGUCAAAGGCGCCGUCACCGUCCGCCCGAAAGACGGCAAGCGUUUAGAACACACGGGCAUCAAGGUCCAAUUCAUCGGCACAAUCGAAAUGUUCUUCGACCGCGGCACCCACCACGAGUUCCUGUCCAUGCAAACAGAGCUUGCCGCACCGGGCGACCUCCAACAUCCUCAGACCUUCCCCUUCACCUUCAAGAACGUCGAGAAGCCCUACGAGAGUUAUUCGGGCAUCAACGUGCGUCUACGCUACUUCGUGCGCGUCACCGUGAGUCGCCGUAUGCAGGACGUUGUGCGCGAAAAGGACCUCUGGGUCUACUCGUACCGCAUGCCGCCGGAGACCAACUCGGUCAUCAAGAUGGACGUUGGUAUUGAGGACUGCCUGCACAUUGAGUUUGAGUACAGCAAGAGCAAAUAUCACUUGAAGGAUGUCAUUGUCGGCCGCAUCUACUUCUUGCUCGUCCGCCUGAAGAUCAAACACAUGGAACUUAGUAUCAUCCGUCGCGAGACUACUGGUGUACCGCCGAAUCAAUACAACGAGAGCGAGACGCUUGUGCGCUUCGAGAUCAUGGAUGGCUCACCUUCCCGCGGCGAAACAAUCCCCAUCCGUCUCUUCCUCGGCGGCUUCGACCUAACACCCACCUUCCGCGAAGUUAACAAGAAAUACUCGACACGCUACUACCUCUCUCUGGUCCUCAUCGACGAAGACGCCCGUCGCUACUUCAAGCAGAGCGAAAUCGUCCUCUACCGCCAAGCGCCAGAGGGUGUCGAGGCCGCCCAAAGGCAGGCCAAGGAGAUACAGAUGAGCUGA